AUGCGUCUUCUCAGGUUACUCUGCUGCUGCUUCUCCAGCCGCUAUGAGGACUCUGUUGCUGAUGCUGAAUACAUCCCCUACGCCCACUCCCUCAACGACACCCCCUCGGCCAUCCCGCCCACCUCCAAAACCAGCACUGUCCAAGAAUCCACACGUCCCGUCCACAAAGAUACAACGCCGCCCCCAAACUACUCGGCCGCCUCACUGGUUCUCGCGGCCCCUGCACCAGCGCGCCUCCAGGAACUCAGUGCCGCGGGCGAAAUCUCGCAGCAUGUGGUGCAGCGCUAUGCUAAGCCUUUGGAUCAACAGCAAAGAAAAGAACAUAGGACCCCUUUGAAUCCCGCACCGUCUCCCCCAUUACACCACCUACGCAGCCGGCGAACCGCCCUUUUAUCUUCUCUGCCGGAGGAGGAGGAGGAGGAGGAGGAGGAAGAGGAGGAGGAGCUGGUGGUGGUGUACUACGGCUACGAAUUUCCCGUUUCCCGUUUCACAAUCACAAUCACCAUCGGCAUCGCUGUCGCGUACGUCUACUGA